AUGGGCAAGACGGCCAUCAUCAGCGGCGGCGCCCGAGGCAUCGGCCGUGCUCUCGUGCGGCGGUUUCUUGAGCUGGGAUACAAGGUCUACUUCUUUGACAUCGACGAGGAAGAGCUCAAGCAUACGACGGAGGUCCAUCUCAAGAAGUAUCACGAUUCCAAGGCAUUGGGCUCCAGCAUUUGCAAUCUUCGAGAUGUCGACGACAUUCGCAAGAAAGUGAAGCAGGCUAGCGAAUUUCUAAACGGCAGGAUCGAUGUCUUGGUCAACAACGGAGGGAUUGCCACGCCGCAGUGGAAGGAUGGCAAGACCAUGUUCAGUCCAGAGACGAUGAAUGAAUGGCAAGCAUAUGUUGAAACCAACCUCACAGCCCCCUUCGCCGUCUCCCAGGCUUGCUUACCGUACAUGAAAGAUGCCGUCGCCAAUGCACCGAUCAACAACCAAGGCGAUACAGGCACGGAGCCCGGACCUUGCAUCAUCCACAUUGGCUCGUUCCGCGCCCACCAGAGUGAUCCCGACCAGGAAGGCUAUGCAGCCACGAAAGCAGGCCAGCUUGGUCUCAUGCACAGUAUGGCCAUCAGCCUUCUGCCGUACGGCAUUCGUGUCAAUCUCAUCGCCCCGGGACGGAUCAAGCUGAAUGAGGAUGAGGAUGUGGAUGAUCAUCCUGCUAAUCGAGCUGGGCGGCCGAAGGAUAUUGUUGAUGCGGCGGAAUAUCUUGUCAACGCGGGAUUCGUGACGGGACAGGAUAUCACCGUGGAUGGAGGUGCGACCAAGAAGAAGAAGUAG